AUGGUUGAGAAGUGGAGUGAAAAAUGUCAGGAUAUUCCUACUGUUUUUAAAGUUAACGAGACUGCAGAUUGGAUCAAGAAGGAGAAAUUUAGUAGGGUUGGGUUACAAUUCCCCGAUGAACUUUUGGGUAUAUCGGUUGUUGUUUGUAGGCAGUUGAAUAGCCUAACUGAUAGUUUGUGUGCUAUUCUUGGAGAUAGUUCAUUCGCAAGUUGUUGUGUUGAUGAAAUAGCCGGUCAGCAUGUUAAUGUUGAUGCAGUUGUACACUAUGGUCGAGCGUGUCUAUCAGAAAAUACUGGACGUAUACCAGUUUUCUAUGUGUUUGGCAAAUAUUCACCAUGCAUUCCAACUGAAAUUGAAACAUGCUACAAUCAAGUUCCACUUAAUCUGGUUGAGAAAAUCUUAUCCUAUUUAGAAGACCUGUCAGUUAUUGUGAUUACUUAUGAUUUUCGUUUCAAAGAUGUUGCUCAAAGAAUGUGUAAAGAGAUAAUGUCAAUAUGUGACUCACGUGAAAUUAAAUCUCUUCGAUUAAUUUGGUCGGAACCAUAUUUUAAUACGUCGGCCAAUAAAACAGAGAAAAUUUCUGAUAAUUCACAAACUAACCAAUUUAUUCGUUGUGGAAGAUUAUUUACAUCCACUCAAUCUGAAUGGAGUAUUCCAAGCAGUACCAAUGAACGUAGUUGGCAUAUGCUGUACAUCGGGCAUACAACAGAAACUGAAUCUGACCUACUUCCAUUAUAUCGUAUUCUAGUGUCUCUACCGGAAGUCAAUACAUUUACAACUUGUGUCUUUGAUCCAGUCACUUGUAAUUUAGAUGUAUCUGGUAUAGAAGUUAACCGAUUAUUAAAGAGAAGAACAUAUUUAAUUGAAAAAGCUAAGGAUGCACAGUUUAUUGGGAUUUUGGUGUCUACACUGUCAACAAAAAAUUACCAGUCAAUUGUUGAUCGUUUAAAAGAAUUACUGAAACGCGCAAAACGUUCAUGCAUCACAUUAGUUGUUGGUCGAUUGAAUGCAGCAAAAUUAGCUAAUUUACCUGAACUACAAUUAUUAGUAUUAGUUGCAUGUCCUGAGAUUAGUUUAUUGAAUUCACGCGAAUUUCAUAUACCAAUUAUUACACCAUUUGAAAUGGAGUGUGCUUUACGAUCGUGUUGUACACAUGAACAAUCAUCAUUUGACCAGUUAGAUAAUCGUAUGUGGACAGAAGAGAAAUUUUGGGUGGAUUUUUGUGAUCUCUUACCAGGUGGUCGAGCUUAUGUACCUAUAGAGGAUGUAGUCUCGGAGGUGACUGAGUCAUUUGCAGAUGUAUCAUUGGUGAAUGGACACAGUCGACUAGUCCCAUCGAAUGUACUUGAAGAUGAUAAUAUAGAAUCUCAGUCAUUGGUUGUUCGGACUCCAGGCGAGUUAAUUGAAUCGGGCUGUUGGAAUCUAGGUUCGAAUAAGGUUACUCGAACAUGGUAUGGUCUGAAUCCAGAGAUUGGUCAAACGCCAGUGGCACAAGUGAAAGAUGGUCGUAAAGGCCUACCAACACAAUAUACACAUGAAAAUUCAACUAAUGCACCCAACUGA